GCCGUCAUAAAGUCGCUGGUGUUCACCAGGAGUGAACCGGCGAAGAAGACAAGGAAGGGCCCCCGGACGAAGAAAAUAUAACCCACGGCAUGAACCAUUUAGACCUUGCCCAUCCAAUCAUCUUCAGUGCAAACGCCUAAAAGUACCAGAAGUGUGGUUGCCUGCCCUGCUACAAGGAGAGAGUCUGCUGUCACUUAGCACCUGGAGUUGAGGACAAGGACCCUGUUGGUUGUGUGGCACAUCUGUAUCACUGUGGGGGUGAAGAGGAGAGUGUGUGUGCUAUAGUGUAAAGGUGUGUGACCAGCUCUCCCUAUGUGUGUGACAAUGGGGGACAUCAGUGACCUGGACCGACAGAUAGAGCAGCUCAGACGCUGUGAACUCAUCAAGGAAAAUGAAGUCAAAGCACUGUGUGCCAAAGCCAGAGAGAUUCUGGUAGAGGAAAGUAAUGUCCAGAGAGUAGACUCCCCUGUCACAGUCUGCGGGGAUAUUCAUGGGCAGUUUUAUGACUUGAAAGAAUUGUUUAGAGUGGGUGGAGAUGUUCCCGAGACAAAUUACCUCUUCAUGGGUGACUUUGUGGACAGAGGUUUCUACAGUGUUGAAACCUUCCUGCUGCUGCUAGCUCUUAAGGUGCGGUAUCCAGACAGAAUCACCUUGAUCCGGGGAAACCAUGAGUCCCGGCAGAUCACCCAGGUCUACGGUUUCUAUGAUGAGUGUCUCCGCAAGUAUGGUUCAGUUACCGUCUGGAGAUACUGCACUGAGAUAUUUGAUUACCUGUCCCUUUCAGCCAUUAUUGAUGGCAAGAUCUUCUGUGUGCAUGGCGGCCUGUCUCCAUCAAUUCAGACAUUGGACCAGAUCCGCACUAUUGACAGGAAGCAGGAGGUCCCCCACGACGGGCCCAUGUGUGACCUCUUGUGGUCGGACCCUGAAGACACCACAGGUUGGGGAGUAAGUCCCAGAGGGGCUGGCUAUCUGUUUGGAAGUGAUGUGGUAGCCCAGUUCAAUGCUGCCAAUGACAUACACAUGAUCUGCCGAGCCCAUCAGCUGGUCAUGGAGGGCUAUAAGUGGCACUUCAACGAAACGGUGCUUACUGUGUGGUCGGCACCCAACUACUGCUACAGAUGUGGCAAUGUGGCUGCCAUUUUGGAACUGGAUGAGCAUCUACAGCGGGAGUUCAUAAUAUUUGAAGCUGCACCACAGGAGACCAGGGGCAUCCCCUCCAAGAAACCAGUGGCUGAUUACUUCCUGUGACCUCCUCCUCCUCCUAGGAAAAGCUCAAACCCCCAUGUGUUAGGAAAGCCGUGUGUCGACUUUUGGGUACCAUUUCACAACAGCCCGCUCUACACCUUCCUGUUUGAUCACUCUCUGUCUCACCUCCGGGGCCAAACUCUGUUGACGCAGUGAGGCCGAAACCCUUUUCCACGCCUUACUGAUUUAAGGCUUAAGGAAAAGUUUAUGCUAUUCUGCCAAUGCCUGACAGAGUGUGCAGUGUUCAGUGCGCGAGGUGGAUACUGGGCCUGUGACUGUAAUUUCACAUCACUUCGUUUUUCCUCUCCACCUUCCCUCCCUCCCUCAAACCUUUUAGUGUUUUAGAUAAUGAACAUUGUUGUCUAGUUUGAGGGGGUACAUGGAAGUUGUUAGAAUUUUUUGAAGAUAUGCAAAUUUUAGAAAUUUAAUUUUCAUUAGGGAAUUUUCUUUAACACAUACAUUCUUACACUUAUUUCUUUAUAACUUUUUAUAUAAUUGUUGCUUUCAGGAAUAAUUACAAAAUGGCCCCUUUCCCCCAUGCUUGACUAAUAUUUUCUGUCUGUUUGGAUAUCCUGUCAUAUUAUUUAAUGUGGUCAGGGCUUCAGCUCAGCACUGUCGACUGGAAACGGAUGAAAUAACUUGUCAAGAGGAGUCAUCCAUAAUUGUUCCCCCUUAAUCCCUCAAAUCUAACAACAUCUGACAGUGUCAAUUUUGAUAUUGUAAGAAUAAAGUUUUUGUAUCAAUGAAUGCCAUGUUAUUUAAGUUGUAUGUUUGUUAUGCGAAUGUGAACGUUUACAAAAUGAUUUGUUUAAGUCCUUCAGUCGAGCUGACUUGGUCAUUUUAAAAUAGUUGUAUGAAUAUGAUUAGCGUAACUCAUUUAGAAAUGAAAAGUGAGACAAGGUUGUUAAAAUGGUUUUGCUUUGUUUGAUUCCAGUUUGACUGCACCUUUCAUUACAUUCCUAUAUUCAUAUGCCUUAUGUAGUUGUAGAAAACAAGCUUUUGUGCUCACACAGUCAUUGUUUCAGUGCUGAGUGAGAUUUUGUGUUCAAAAUAAUUUAAGCAUAGCCCACUGCAAAGUUCACUAUUUCAGUACCCCACUUUUUGGUCUUGAUCUAUUGUAUAAACAAAGCCUCUCUUGCAGGAAUGUACCUUAUGGAAGAGGUUUUGAUGAAGAUGCAAUUAAACACCGUGGAGGAAUCGGGCCUGAUGAAAGGUCUACC